CCAAAAACAACUGGACAAUGUGAAAUAUUUGGGUAGCUUGUUAACAGAUGAUGGAAGGUGUACUUGUGAAAUGAAAUCUAGGAUUGUCAUGGCGAAAGCUGCAUUUAGCAAGAAGAAGAAUCUUUUUACCAGCAAAUUGGACUUAAAUUUGAGAAAGAAACUAGUGAAAUGCUACAUUUGGAGCAUUGCUUUGUAUGGGGCUGAAACUUGGUUAUUUAGCCAUUGUUAAGGUACCUUUUGAAAUGAGUAUUUAAGAUGAAAGAUUUCUGCAAGAAGCAAAAAAAUACAUGAGUUUGAAGAUGUCAGACCUGGACGACUGCCAACAUCGAGUUGUCGUGAAUAUCCAUAAAAGAUGUUUGGAUCUGACAGAGGAGGAAUUGGCCAGAUUGAGCGUGAAUCUACUGAACUGUCAGUCUGCAGUAGAGGAGAGACAACAUUUUCCCUGUACCACCAAAAUGAUGAGGCGAGUUUGGAAUUCAGCAGCCAGGUGAACGAGCGCCAUGAGAAUCACAAGCAACUGCGGGAAGAUCUGCAGACUGUCAUGGAGCAGGUGGCUCUCCUCUGGCAGAGAGUUGAUCACAGCAUGCAGAAGAUCCUUGCACGCCAUGAGUCGGCAACAGCACAGUACAACUUGGCACUCUACAAGCUGUCAUAGAUCAACGCCACAGUCAACUUCCUCCUGGAUCUGCUGGACAAGACCAGACAUGAAUUUGAUGAGCGCCUGGGCUGACUCAAUAAUCUGACGCCGGAUACUGGCAACCAGCUGUAUCGCCUUUACAUCUGUGUACUGUACUUUCUGUACCUGAUUGUGGGAAUGAUUACUGCAGCUUUUAUCAGAGCUCCGAUGACCACACGUGCUUUCCUCCUCCUCCUUGUGCCUCUGAACCUUGGUGUCACAUACACUCAUGGGGACGCAGCUGCCCUUAACUUCCCGUCCAUGACCAUACUCAUCUUAGCGUCAACAGCAGUCUGCUAUGUGAUCCAGAGAUAGCUACAUUAUUGGACAUCCAGACAGCCCAGACCCCUGUCCAGUCUUCAUGGCAGCCAACCACAGCCAAUGACCAGUGGGUUCAUUACUAACCCAUUACCACCUACGAAGCCUGUUUCUCUUAGGCUGUCUCACAGGAGCAGCAUAAACAUGCUAUCGCUCUUCACUGGAGACCCUGGCAGAAGACUGAAAUCUCUCGUGAGCAGAUCUCAUAGUCCCAUGCAGUCAGUGUCGGCUGCUGCCUCAUCCAGAGGGGACUUUCUGAGGCCUGAUGAGAGGGUCCGCAUUCUGACCUCCAUGCCUGACAGAAACCUAGGUGAAGGCUCAAGUGGCAGUGGCGAGGUUGCCUUUGGGCGGGACCAUUUUGCAGAGCGCUCUGCAAACUCCAACAGUUGCAGCAGUGACAACCACCUUGUUCAAGCUGGCACAUCACGAACACUGAGGCAGCGCUAUUCCACACCAGUCUACUUCCCACCCACAUGCAAACCCACCUCUUCUUUUAGUGGAACACCUCACUGCAGUCUACCAAGGCCUGUAUGCCGUGCUGUCUGUCGGAAUGGCCAACAGUGUCACAGCAGUGCAUCUGUGUUGGAGACACGCCUCCUCAUCAUCGUUUUGCCGAUACUGAAAGUUAUUAAAGGUGCCUUCAUACUGCAGAUGGUCAUACUGUUUAACCACACGUGUGGCCCACCCAGCUACUGUGCAAUGAACCAUUUGCACAUUGCUGUCUUGCUGGGUGUGACACCAUGUUGUAAUGUGGCUGGUGGGUACCAGUCUCUUGAAUCCUCAUGGUGGAAACGGCUUCACCUUCCAUAACGGGAAUUUCUUUUCCAGCCACAUACACACAGCAGCAAAACAAGCAACAAGAAGAGGGCAUGGCGGUCACUGAAGCAGAUUGUUGCUCAGGAGAGGGCGUUGCAGUGGGGAGAAGAUUUUGUGCACUAAAAUUCAAACCAUCGAAUGUCGCUCCAAUUUAUUUGGAACCUCAUCAAGAGAAGACUAAUGUCAGAUAGCAGAAGGUAACAGCAUUUAGAAGAUUCUUGGAUCCCACAUUGCCGUUAAGAUGAGCCAUCUAUGACCCAGAGAUCUUAAUUUGAAGAUAGGACAUUAUUUUAUGGCUUUACCAUCUUGCCUGUGCCAAUUCAUUAUAAGAAACUGUAAAGAACUGUUCUUCUUAAGAUGCCAAAACUUUGUGCUGAUUUCUGCUCUCCGUGAUGUGUGACAAUAAAAGGGGAGUGUACAUUGUGAAUGUGUACUAGAAUGAAAAUAUUAUUGUAGAUCCAUAGAAA